UAUUUUGGCAUACUUUUUGGAAAUAUGCCAAAACUCCACCUGUUCAGUGACAAUUUACUCAAUUCUAUUCCUGUCAUUGCCAUUGCUUUGCUGUUUAGUCUUAGAACCAGGCAUUUGUAGGCCUAGGUCUGAAACACUCCUGUGUAUGGAACAAAUUUCUAUCAACAGCGUGAAGCUAUUUUAUCAUAAAAUCAGAUUUUGAGAUGGCUUCUGAAGAACUGACAGUAACCUCUGAGAUAUAUUCUGAAUUGGAAGGAUGUCUUUUAAGAGGUGUUUCGGAAGAAAAUAUGGUUUCUUAUUUCAAAUUCAAUUAUCCUUUGAACAAGAAGGAAGACACAAAUGAAAUAGAAGUUGAUGAGGAUGGAGACAUGGUGGUGCAACGUAGAAAAGAUGAUAAUGAAAAGGUUUUAAAAAUAGAGCACAGCACAGCUACGCCUAUCCGUCUGGUAGGUCUGCAGGUGUGGAGGGGUGCAUUGUUACUGGCCGACUACGUGUUACAUCACGCUCAGGCUCUGCAGCACUCCACGGUGUUAGAACUAGGAUCUGGUGUAGGCCUCACUAGUAUUGUUACCAGUAUAGUGGCUAAACAUAUCGUCUGCACAGAUGUGGAUCUGGAAGGCAUAUUGAAUCUUAUAGCAUCUAAUGUCAAAUUAAACUCUGAUCUUGUCAAAGCUCCCAUCACAGUCAAAGCAUUGGACUUCUUCCAAACAGAAUGGGACGAAGAGAUGAAGGCAAUUAUGAACGAAGUGGACUUGGUUUUGGCUGCUGAUGUAAUUUAUGAUAAUGAUUUGACCGAUGCAAUUGUCAAAACAUUAACAAAAAUAUUAAGUACGCCUCCAAAGAAAGUUGUUCUUGUGGCGUUAGAGAAGAGGUUCGUGUUUACAUUGGAAGACUUAGACGUGGUUGCACCAUGUUAUGAACAUUUCCUCAAGGUAAUCAAGCAAGAAUGGAUGUCUCCGCCAAUGUCAAAUUGGUCAAUGGAACAGCUUCCAUUGGACUUUCCUCAGUACUUCCACUAUGACCGGACCAAACACCUUGUUAUAUGGAAGUUAUCAUCAUGAUCUGGGCACUCAGUGUUAUAACAAUUCACUCAGUGUUGGUAUUUGUAUCUGAUAAGACGAUUCUAUGAGUUUAAGCGAAGCUCAUUUAGUUGUUUAAAGCAACUUCUGAUCAGCUAUAUUCCUUAUUAUUUUUACAAAGAAGUAACUAGAUGGAGGAGGUUUUUAUAUCAGUGACUUUUGUUUGACCGAGAUCAAAUGCCAACUUAAGGCGAAGCUGGUUUUUAUAGCAAAGGAGAGUUUACAGAAGCCCCUAUUCCAGAGCGCUGUUAUCAUUGAUACCCACUUACUGCACACAUCAACAUUUCCUCUGGGUCAUCAAAAAUUGAUAAUCAAAUUAGAUUAUCAAUAUUUCCUGUGGCAGUGAGUCAAUGACUUUGUUGAAGAUUUAAAUUUUUUACUAUCUGCAGUAACAUUUUUGUUCUUACCUCUUUACUCAAAAUACAAUCAACAACAUUUGGGCGAAACCUGUAUCAGCAUAUUUACACUAUUUUAAACAUUUAUGAGUGAUCCAGUGUAUCUAAAUCCUAAAUCAAGUUUGUUUUUGAAAUUGCAUAAAAACUGACAUUUUCAAAGCAGCUUGAAUUGAACCUUUUCAUCUAGUUUGUUUUGUUAUAGCCAGGUGUUAGCUCAUAGUUAGACAUAAUUUUCUCACCAACUAUGAUCAAAAUGAGUUCAAAAUUAUUGUUAGUUUGUUGUUACCAAAUUGUGAAUGUUUUUAGAUACCUAUUUUAAGUAAUAUUUAUUAUUAAAAUAUUUUUGUUAUCUAGUUGUAGUAAGUUAUUUAUGUAUAACUUUAAUCACUAGUCAUGGGAAAGACAAAAAUAUUUGCCAAAGAAAUUAUAGUAUUAACAAAUUCUAGUCAGUUUAGUUUCCUAGAACUGUAAAGUACCAAAUAUACGUGAAUUAUUAAAUAUUAAUCAUUAA